AUGUCCAAACCCUCAAUAUCUCCGCCGAUUAUUCUGUUGGCCUUUAUCCUCGUCCCCCUUUACAUCCAGCCCGUGUCUGCCGGUGGAACAGUUACAAUCACUGCAGCUGCCGCCUACUCUUCUCUGCUUCCCUGUUCACAGGAAUGCAUCUAUAGCCCCGACCUGGGCUGUCCCACCGCCCGCGAUCCUGUUGGCAACGCCAUCGGCUGUUACGACAGCCUCACCGCCGCGUGCGAAAAGGUCCCAUGGGCGAUGGACAGCUGUUACUGCCGAAGUGACCUGCAAAUCAAUGCUGUCAGCGCCAUCAGCAGACGUGUGUUCUCUCUGUGCACCCUCGGCGACUCGAUGGGUGAUUUUACAUCGGUUUCGAACCUGUAUACUGGGUAUCGUUCGCGGGCUGGAUUUCCUGUAACCACUGCUGCUGCCGCUUCGACUGCGGUGGCGCCUCUUAUUCCUUCGAGUGCAGCCGUCACUUCAAGUUCGUCAAGCUCAAAUUCUAGCCCUUCUUCUCUCUCGCUUUCAGGUUCUUCCUCGUCAAGCUCCCAGGAUAAUGGUCUUUCUUCAGCGGCAAUUGUAGGCAUUAGUGUGGCGGGCUCGUUGGCUGGAGUCAUAUCUGCCGCUGUAGCCCUGUACGAACUUCGCCGUCGCAGACGCAGAUAA